CAUUAAUGGCAGGAAAAGAGAUAAUAGGAUAUAUGAUGGGAAGGAUUAAUGAAAAAUUUGAUAUAACUGGAGGAAUAACAAGAAAAAUGGCAGGAUAUAUUAGAAAACAUUUAAUAGGAACGGUCAAGAAAUAUGUUUCAACACAACUAAAGGAACAUGUAGUAGACUAUAUGUUAAAUACAAUAGAAAGGAUGGUGAUACCAGAUCACUUGAUUGAAAAACAAAUAGACAACCUAUUAUCAUACGUUCUAAAGAAGACAAAUCUAAUUACAAAAAAUAUAUUUGAGUUCGUAGAAGUAAAUGAUGAAGAAAUGGAAGAAUUAUUGGAAGAAAUACUCAAUGAGGACGAAACAGAUUAUAAAGAAAAGGAUUAUGAAAUUAGUAUACCAGAAUGGAUGAAUCCAGAAAAUGAAGGAAUUGAGGAAUAUGACGAAAGAUUUGAAGAAUUUAUAGAAAAUUACGAAGAAUCAAUUGAGAUAUUUAAUAAAUGGAACCCAUGGAGAAAUAAAGACGAAAUAACCCCAGGA